AUGGGAGUUGCUUCUUCAUCUGCCAGGAUCAAGCGCCUCGUCAGCAGGAACAGUAAGAAGAUCAAUGACAUGCAGAAGGUCCGGGAUAUUCUACUCAGGUAUCCGCUCAAACUGCCUAAAACCCAUGAUCUACCCUGUGAGGAGGCUGUUGAGAAGCAGGCAAUCACGACUCGUCUGCAAAGCCACGAACAGUCAAUCAUGGAGCUGACUCAAUGUUGCAAGUUACGUCCAAGAGAGCUAAAGAGUCGUCUGCUCAAGCAAAGAGUCCUUAAGUUGCGCGAACUGCCGAUCCAGAAGUUGGUGAUAGCUCCGCUGGUCAAGUUCGACACUCAUGUUGAAGCUACGGAGGCAUCCAAGCAUGAGAUUGUUGCUAAUGCGUACAAGCUGGGAUACUUGGAUUGCAAGAAUAGUGCUUCUCCUUGUUGUCCUCUUGAACAUGAAGACGAAGCAGUUGAAGAGAAGAUAGCAGAUGAAGCUGCAAUGGAAAAAGACAACUCCCAAGGUGGCGUAGCUGAUAAGGCUAGACCAUAUGCGAAGGAGUAG